GCGGAGGAAUUUGAGGCAUGAGUGAGCCUGACAUCGGUGAACUAGUGGGUUUAGAAAGGGUUAGGGCAGAGUUGUGCCGAAUAUUGGCCCUUUGCUGGGAAGAGGAAAGGAGGGUGAGGCCAGGAGCCUAACGGAGGAUCAAGUUGUUAGAGACUACCGUGAUCAAAAUACUAGAUGACUUAAAAGAGGAGCUACUCUCCGGGAGAGGAGAGGCAUGAGAGCCACCUACACCUCGAGCUCGAUAGAUUGGGAGUUGGAGACAAGGGACGACGACGCCGAGGUCCAGAUAGUAAGAGGAGCGGAUCUUGGCCGAGGCCGAGAAGACCAAGUGGUUAGGGCCUUGAAGAGCUUCCUUGUCGAGGUUCGGCGACAGGCCUUGUGGAAAAGGAGGUCCUGGACUACCUUAGCAAGGUUUUCGAUCGCUAUUAGGGGGGCAACAGGACUGAGGUUCUCUAGAACGUGGAGAGAACCACUGUCGAAGGUCGAGGGAAGAUUUGAGGAGGACUCUAGGUGGCUUGGAAACCUACUCGAGGCCAAGGUGCACCUAGUGGAGGCGCGUUUUUGGGAUAGGUCGGGUGAGUACGAACAGGCAUUACGUCGAACGAUACUCGAGCAAGGCGAAGGCUUUCGAGAAAGGUGUGAGGACUCACUCGUCGAGGCGGCGGAGAGGUUGGCUCGGGUAGGGGGUCUGAAGGGGAUAAUGAGAUACAAGGAUCGAGUAAAGAAGGAAGAGGCUCAGAGGAGAGUAGUGGGACGACCAGCCGAGGGAGUGACUCUAUCGAGGAGAGCGACUGAGAACUGGUGCAUGGAAAGUGUGGUGGAGCAUGGGGUAGCCCAAUCACCCAAGACCGCCACGAUGGGGCGAGCCGAGGAAGACGCCGAGUUAAAGGAGGCAAGGUUGGGGAAGAAGUCCGAGGUUGGGGGUACCUCCAACUCAUCCCAUGUCCAAAUGACAGAAUCAUCAGGAGGCGUGUCCAUUAGGGAACCCCAUGUGUCAAGCAUCAAGUUCGUUGAGACCCAGCCUGAAGACGAAGGGCCUUGCCUAAGGGUAAGAACCCAAGUUGGGGCCGAGACGUCUACGGGCAAGGAGAGCGAGGCGGGAGAUGGAGGAAGAAGGAGCGGCGACGACGACCAACCGAUGGCCGACGCCAAAGGCGCGGAAGAAAGGAAAGAGGAACCCACCUCACCAAAAUCACCUAGAAAGAGGGGGCCGAAAAAGUUCGAGAUGAAAUGCACCUUAGAAGAGAUAGACACGGUAGCUCCCCUACGGAGGACCCUAAUGCAGCCUAUGAAGUGCACGCUUCUGGAAUACUUGGUGGACAGCAAGAGUGCUAGGGAAGAACUCCUAAGCAUCACGAAGAAAGUGAGAGUCCCGCUCGCCGGAGGACCCACGGUUCCCGGGGAUGGUCCAGCCAAGGAGGAAGUGCAGUCCUCCCGGAUCACCAUGGAGGAGCUGCCGGUAAACUUCUUCUCGGGAGAAGAGGAGUUCUAUGUAUUAGAGAGCGGCCAGCUCCAAGCUGUGCCGGCAGAAGGGGUGUGUCACAACCUCGUGAUCGAGGUCGCGGGUGUCGAGGCGUCGGUCCCAAUAUUUUCGGUGAAGGAGUGUUCCUCGGAGUUGAUCCUCGGAAGAACCUGGCUGAGCGUGGUUCACGCUACCACAGUUGACCUACCAAACGGGAGUCGGACUCUCUCAAUCCAGAGUCCGAAUGAAAUCCGGGUGGUCCUAAAGACCGUGGUCGCUCAAGAUGAGCGAAAUCGGACCAGCAUUCCAAGACGGAAGGAGGCCCAAUCAAAGGUGUGCCAAGUCCGUCUAGAAGAGGCACCCCUUGCCAAUAAGGAACCCCCGGGGGACCAAUUAAAAGUCGAAGAUGUCGGGAGUCGGGUUGUGAUCAACGGGGUAGGAUACGAGAAGGAGGACGAGAAGGAGUUUGGUGGGUACAUAAGACUGUCUUUUUUGAGAGGAAUCCCCCUAGCCGGCGGAAUCAAGAAAUAUAAAACCGUCAAGGUGGCGGAAAAGGUGAAACCCGCCGCGGUCAGCUGGGAUAGAACGGGGGAAACCUCGAUAUCGAAGGAGGAGAUCACCGAUAUCAUCCGGAAAAGGAAGGAGACCGAGGGACAAAGAAUUACGGCCGAUAGGUUGGCCAAUAUGGAUAUAGGGGAUGAAAACCUUAUGGAGAAAGAGAAGCGUAACAAUGACCCUAAGGGGCUGCGAUAAAGCCAUUGCCUUCGAUGACUCGGAAAGGGAAAUAAUCGACCCAAGGUACGCUAAGCCUACCCGGAUCCAUACGAUUCCGCAUGUGCCUUAUAAAGAUAGACCCCAAUGGAAGUACGCUCAAAAGGAGAAGGAGGAGAUAGUGUUCUUUAUCAAAGAAAAGAUCAGAACAUACGUCGCAGAGCCUUGUGAGAGUGCCUACUCCAACAAAUGGUUCUUUUUGAG